AUGCCCAAGCGUAGACACGCCAACACCAGCAGGCCAGGCAGUCCAAACAAAACACCCACAUCGUUCCAGCGCCCGCGACGCCACACCAGCUCAGCAGAGUCGUACGGCGAACGACACAAUCCAAUAAAUCUUAUCAGCUCCUCGAGCCACACUCCUCUUCUACCAGGCCCACACGGCCAGACGACUGGCAUUGUGCUAAACUCUGAGGCAUGGAGAUCUUGCACCCCCAUGCAGGAUAAAUCCCCCAUCGAAUCCCAUAUACCUCCUCUGCCGCUGCAUCGACCGUCGUCGUAUCCGCAUCUGCAUCCGCGCCCUGUCGCCGACCGCCCACGCGUCAAACGGACUCGAUUGGGACAUAUGUAUGAAGUCUCGCUGGCAGCCGGGCUGAUAGCGGAAGAAGAAGAGGUUGCCGACGACAAUGGUGUCCAACCCGCGGAUAUCGACGAGGACGAACCAUAG